GUUUUAUUUUCUUCCAAUUCGGAAAAGCUGCUCUUGUUUAUUAUUAUUAUUGUACUAUUUUAAUUUUUAUAGAAUAAUUCGAGCACAAUGAUUGGUGUUCGGUUAAAUACUUUUAAUGAUAAUUCCGGAGAGCCUGAGCAAGACGCUAACUCGGCUUUAACUGAACUUGAUAAAGGCCUUAGAUCUGGGAAAGUUGGUGAACAAUGCGAAGCAAUAGUCCGAUUCCCUCGCCUGUUCGAAAAAUAUCCAUUUCCAAUACUAAUAAAUUCGUCAUUCCUAAAAUUAGCUGAUGUUUUUCGCAUGGGCAACAACUUUCUCCGUUUGUGGGUACUGAGAGUUUGCCAACAAAGUGAGAAGCAUUUGGAUAAGAUUCUGAAUGUAGAUGAGUUCUUGAGGAGAGUGUUCAGUGUUCUGCAUUCAAACGAUCCAGUGGCCAGAGCACUGGCGCUCAGAACCCUGGGAGCGGUUGCUGGUAUAAUUCCGGAGAGACAGAAUGUCCAUCAUGCCAUCAGGAGAGGAUUAGACAGUCACGACAAUGUAGAAGUUGAUGCAGCCAUAUAUGCUACCACCAGAUUUGCAGCACACUCCAAUACCUUCGCUGUAGCUAUGUGCAACAAGCUCUCCGACAUGGUAGAAUGUGAGAGCACGGGUGCAGAGAGACGAGCGAAACUAGUUCGAGCAUUGAGAACUGUUCAUGGUGGAGCUGUGAGAGCCCAAGGUGUGUUAAAAUUACUGCGAUCUCUAUUGGAACGGUUCCCAUCAUCAAGCUCCGUGCGGGCGGCCAUUACUGCAUUAACUGCAAUCGCUGCAGAUACAGUGGUACAUGUUCCUGAUCAGGUGGAACUACUUCUAAAUAUUGCAAUGAAUGAUGCUCGCUCUGUCGUCCGGCGGUCAGCGCUCGUUGGACUGAAGAAAUUAGCAGAGCAUGCAGCCUUGUGGCCAGCGGACUGUAUUCAGAACUUGGUACAAGCUGCCACUGAUAGUGAAGAUGCAGAGCAUACUAUGCUAUGCUUACAAGUGAUGCAGAUCCUGGUGCAGUGCCCGGCGGUGUGCGCGGCGGCGGGGAGGCUGCGUGCGUACUGCGCGGACGCAGCGCUGAGCGUGGACCUGCGACACGCCGCCGUCGCCGCACACGUCCUCACCACCAUCGUCGUUCACUGCUACGAAGAAUCUCUGCCAGUGGAUGGUGCUGAUCUAAUGAUAGCACUCGAGUCCUUAGUCAUUGCGACCAGCAUGGACGACGGUCCGGCCAAUAUAAGACCUCUGCGAAUCGCGCUAAGCUGCUUGGUGAAGCUGUGCGGCGCGGAGCCGAGCUACGCGACGCGGACGGCGCGCGCGCUCGCGGCGCAGCUCGGGGCCGCGGGGCGCCGCUCGCGCGCGCUGCUGGAGGCGCUGGCCGCGCUGGGCGCCGGCCUGCGAGCCGCCGCCGCGCUACCGGCAGCGCUGCCCGCGCUGCGGGAACAAUUAGAAAACCCGUCGGACGAUGGCACGGCACUGGUGCUGCUCUGCACGGUGCUGUUCCAGGAGCGCGCGAGUGCCGCUCUCACUGCCACCAUCUCUGACUCUUGGCAGAAGAGCAUCCUGGACGCUAUCCGAUAUGUCGAUGGUUGGACUAGAUACAGGGUAGCGAGGGCAGCACUGCGAUACGCUCACCAUAGUCUAGCGGCUGACAUUCUGAAACGUCUAUCAGAGGAAGCCCCGAGCGAAUCCGCCCAACGCUGGCUGUCCGCCUUGCACCGGGCCGCAGCCGCCGACGCCAUGCUUUUACAGGAAGGCAUCGCGGGGCUGGAGGCGGCGAGCGCGGCGUGGGAAGUGAGCAGCGGGUGGGGAGGCGCCGGCUGCGGCUGGGGCGCGGGCUGCGCGGCUGGAUGCAGCGGCUGCAGCGGCUGCGCACCGCUGCCGGCCGCUUGCAUGGCGGCACGUGCUCACGCGCUUCAAGCGCUUGCGCGGGCCGCCGCCGCCGCUCGCGCUCUGUGCACGCAGCCGCCGCCCGCAGUCGCACACGCGCACGCACAGGCGGCGCGGGACCGCGCGGCGGCGGCGGGCGCGGCGGCGGGGGCGGCGCGGCGCGCGGCGCGCUCGCUGGCGGCGGCGGCGCGUCGCUACGCCGCGCUCGCACGCUCCGCCUUCCACGCAGACAACUCCACCCUGCGCCACCUCCACAUUGCUCAACAUACUUAUAAUCAAAUGGCUCAAUUCCUGGAGCGCAUCACCUCCAAUCAACAGGAACGACCCGCUGAGGUCAUCACCAAGGAUCUGAAGGCCACAACCCUCGAGGAGAUGAUCGCUCUCGCACCCAGUAUCGCCGUAGCCAAAAUAUCGGCUAAGCUUUUUGAUGAUCCCACUACAGCACCCGGUUUUACCCAUAGACACGCGGAGGCGAUAGUGGCGGCGGUGAGGGCGAUGUGCGCGGGCGCGGGGUGGGCGCGCGGCGUGUGUGCGGGGCGCGCGGGGGGCGCCGCGUGCCGCCUCGCGCUCACCCCCGCGCCCCGCGCGCCGCCCGCCGACCACGCCGCCGCGCUGCCGCUCGCGCACCGCCUCGCGCUCAAGCUGGAGGGCGUCGUGCUGCCCGUGCCGCCGCUCAGUAAACGACAGCCGCAGCGUCAAGUGAAAGGCGUUCAGAUCACGGUCACCGCCACCCCGCAUCCACGCACUAACGAAAAGACCGUGGAAUUGACAAACAUCCCGCCCGUGUUGACCGCCGUACAGACCGUCACGCCGGUCCGCGAUUUCUUCUCGGCGCAGCAACUAGUGUCCGUGAACGCGCCCGGACUGUACACGGUGGCAGUGGAGGCCGCGUUCGUUGAUGAGAACGGCGAACUGUGGAACACUGGCCCGAGGACGUCUAUUGUCAUUAAGGCCCAUGAAGACCCGACAACAAAAGGCAUACCUCAAGCGAAUCGAGGAAGAUACUGAUAGGAUGUGUUUUGUUUUAAGUACAUAUAAAAAACUUAUUUGUGUAACUUUAUAGGAUGACAACCGAAUCUUAAAAUGUGGAAAUAUUCACGGCUAUAGUAGAAUAAAAUAGAAAUAAUUAUUAUUCAAAUAAACUUAAUA